AUGUCGAAUGGAAGUUCAAACAGUAGUUUAAAUGAAGAACAUAUACCGAUAAAGAAAAUUAAACUUGAAAGUGAUGCUAAUAAAGAUGUGGUUGAAAAUUUCAAAAAACCAACUUUAAAAUGUGAAAGUGAUUUGAAAGACACUGAACAAAGAACAGUUGUUACUAUGUGUGGUGCGUGGAGACCCGAGGAAGUUGAUGGAGGUCAUAUAUUUGUACUCAAAACGAGGGAUCCCGGAAUGAGCCCCGAUCCAAUCAGAGAAGAGGAUUUCCCUGAAAAUAUUGAAGAUUUCUGGGAGGCCAGCUUCGCAAACAUCGAUAUUGAUCAGGUAAUUUAA